UUAUUAGUCAAUAACUUACCGAACAUCCAGUCGAACUCAAGGUUUCAUUUCAUCCACAUCAUAACAAACAAUACCCGCCAUUCACCACUAGAUGGAGCCAAACACCCUUUCAUUUUACACAAACCUCCAUCACACGGUGCCAUUGACACGUCUGGCCUCUGCUUCCUCAGAUAAAUGCUGCAAGCGUGUUUAUGUCUGCAAAGGAGAAAAGGAUGUGUCUGACCGUUGUAAACAUGGAGCUACCGCUAUGCAGCAUCACUCCUGCUAUGCCUUAAUAAGGCCAUGUUCUCCGUCUGUCCACUUAUUCACUGUUUAACUCUCCGUCGAGUCAGGCCACCUGCUUAUACAAUCACUGUCAACACAAAGCAUGCUGGGAGAGCACCAUUUAUCUUCAAGUUUUCUUUCCUCGAGUGCACAAAUAGUCUGAUAGCACUUUUGAAAGUGACAGUGUUUAGAUUAAACGCUGACGCACUGUUAUCUUGAGAGCAGAGACAGGAAAGGGAAUGAUCAGGACAAGCAGUGCCAAAUAGUUUACUAAUACUUAAUGUCUCGUUCUAAUAGAGACUUUUGUGUUUGUUUUGUUUCUGGUCCUUUCAAAAGUGGGUGAUGAUGGGAGGGGUUACUGAAAAACUCAUUCAGUCCAGCAUCAGAGCAGAGUAUUAUAUGGUAAAUCCCUCUGUUCACCUUUCUAGAUCACACUGCAAGAGCUUUCCUCUCGGACGUCCGGACCGAGUCUGCUGUCACUGAAGAUGGAGGCUGAGAAGGGAACAUUAGAGGCAGGUACCAAAGAGCAGGCCGAUACCAUGGGUCAACUGACAGCAGAACAGCUGGCCGCUAUAGAGGAUGAAGAGAUCCUCAAUAACAUGCUAGAUAAGGCUGUGGAUUUCGAAGAGAGGAAAAUGAUCCGGGCUGCCAUGAGAGAACUGCUCAAGAGGAAGAGGGAACGGCGUGAUCGUGAGCGGGCGGCCCGCAUGGAGAACCUGCGUCAGGGCACUGGAGGAAAGACAUCUGCUAGCCUCAGUAAGGAUCAGAAAGCCUCUAAUGGCCCCGGCGGUGCUCAAUUCAACGCACACAGAACAGCUCAGGCAAAAACACUUUCACAACCAACCUCAGUUUCCUCUCCGAAAACGGUGAGCAGCCCGGCUCAGUCCCAUGUGGCCAGGGUUAAAAUGUCUGGCGGUUCGGCAGUCGGAGGCCCAAACACCAAAGAUGUCAAACAGAUGCUGCUGGACUGGUGCCGUGUGAAGACUGAGCCAUAUGAGGGUGUGAACAUCCAGAAUUUCUCCUCUAGCUGGGCUGACGGUCUGGCCUUUUGUGCACUGGUGCACAGGUUCUUUCCAGAGGGCUUUGAAUAUUGUACUCUUAACCCUUAUGACCGCAAAUCCAACUUUGAGAAGGCAUUCAAGACUGCAGAGAGACUAGCCGACUGUCCUCCCCUGCUGGACGUUGAUGACCUGAUGCGGAUGCGGGAACCCGACUGGAAGUGCGUUUACACGUAUAUCCAGGAGUUUUACCGCUGCCUAGUAGAAAAAGGCCUUGUCAAGACUAAAAAGAAGAUGCCAUAGAAACACAAAACUCCCACACUGUGAGUGUUUUCACGGACCAAGAGACUACAACAGGCACACAACACAGCAUACAUGUGACCUGAAGCUUUGCCAAAGACCAAAGAGUCUAUUACAUUCUUAUGCUCGUCUCUGUUUCAUAUCAGCACAUGCAGUGGAUGAGGAUUAUAACCUGUAUGUUUGGCACUAGGGUACAGCUGGGGCUCUGAAACUGCACAUUCCAGCGAGAUUACACAUGCAUUAAUCUCAGUAUGUGCUCAGAGAUUGUGUAAAUGUGUGUGUGUGUGUGUGUGCGCGAAUGUCUUUUUAUGGUACUGCUACUCCCCAUUUUGAAAGUGCUCCAGCAGAGAGACAUCAGGCUUAUAAGGGCAUGAGAUCUAAUGCUGAAUUAUACUUAUCCCUGAUUUAUCGUUUGUUUAAAAAUACUGACGGGCACUUGUACUGUUAUGUAAAGGAGUUCAGAAAAGAAAACAACGUUUUAAAAGGGCUACAUUUAGAAUUCAGAAGCAUGCGUUAUUAGCGACGCCGGUGGCUCUUAAGUGAACUGCAGCUAUAUUUUUUUCAUGACUUGACAUGAUCCAAUGCCUUCAACAUUCUGAAAAUAUGUACUGCUUACGAUAGUUAGGAAACCAAUAAUAUACAGAUAAAUGA